UUUUUGUGUUGUUUUUUCGUUUUCCAUUCGCAUAAUGUUGGAGUGGUUAAAAUAAAAUUAUCUUUUAUUGGUCAGCAGACUUGUUCGGACUUUCCUUUGUUAAGAUGUGAUGUUCAUAAGAGUCACAUACAGAUUUUUCCUUUUUUAUUUUCAAAACAUUCCUUUGUAAAUAACAACUAACUGUAUUUUGAUAAAUUCUACGCAUGUGCAAUAGAUUCUUAAUCGAAGCGUGUACAGGGAAAUUAAUUCUAAACGAAUAAUAUUUAGAUGUAUUGUAAAUGUUCUAUUUUUUUAUUUUCUAAAAUUUUAUGUGUAUUUACUUCAUUCUAAAAUGAAGUGGUCAAGAAAUUUUUUAUUGAAUUUUGUAUUUGUUAUUUUUUUACGGUCUGACUCAACAGUGGCUCAGACAACUGAUGAAGAAGAGUACAAUGGAAAAUAUUUGGGAAAAUUAAAUUCAUAUCAUCAUCAAGUAUCUGGUGACGUUUAUGCCGUUGACAGUUAUACACUUUUACUCACUUCCUUUAAUUAUGAUGGAUUUGGAACAGACACUUUUUUCUGGGCCGGAGCAUCUAAUCGUCCAGGCCCUCAGGGUUUUAUCGUUCCAGAUGAAUGGGGAAAGACUAACAUUCUUGAACGCUAUUUUAACAAAGACUUUACUUUGACACUGCCUGAUAAUAAAACAAUAACAGAUAUUAAAUGGUUUGCCAUUUACGAUUUAGCCAGUCAAAAUACAUUUGGUGAUGUUUAUAUUCCGGAAGAAUUUGAACCACCAGCUCCACAAACCAUAUCUCAAUUGACAACACGAUCCCAUGGAGUAACAUCAGAAUCGAUCAUUAUUUUAGAUGCUAAAACUAUUCGUAUUCCCAAAUUCCGAUAUAAUGGUAAAGGAAAUGAUACAUAUUUUUGGGUUGGUCCUGGACCUCAACCAUCUAGUAAAGGAUUCAAAGUAUCUGAUGAAUAUGGAUAUAUGGAUUCUCUUCGAGAGUAUAAAGGCGAAGAUGUAACUAUUCAACUACCAGGGGAACUUACUGUAUUCAGUAUCGAUUGGUUAAGUAUUUUUGAUCUUGCAACAAGAAGUAAUUUCGGAUCUGUAAUAAUACCAGAUGGAUUGAAUGUUCCUCCAUCGUUAGUUAAGGUAAUAAAAUAUACGAAACCUUUGCCAAAUUGUUUGCAAUUGCACAAAAAUUAUCAAGUCAGUUGGGAAAUUUUUGGACCACAAAUAACAAUACAAUUGUCUGGUCAAGUUGCUGAGGAUGACUAUAUGGCAUUUGGAUUAUCUGGAUCAAAUACUAGGAGUCAGAUGGAGGGUGCUGAUGUUGCAGUAGCAUACAUGGAUGGCGCACGAGGAUAUGCUAUAGAUUACAAUAUUACAGCGAAGGCGCCAUGUGGAAAAACACUUGGACAGUAUAAAGGUGUAUGUAGAGAUGAAUUAGUUGGUGGGUUAGAGAAUAAUCAGCUCUACACUGCUGUUAGAGAAAAUGGUAUUAACAUAAUAACAUAUAGAAGGACUUUAAUAUCAUCUGAUUCAGGAGAUCAAGAAUAUCCUACAGAUCGUGAAGUUUACAUUAUUUGGGCUCUAGGAAAACUUGAUGAAAAUAAAGAACCUGGAUUUCAUGAUUUUUAUCCCAAGUCUAAUAUUAAAAUUAAAUUUCAUCGUCAAGAACCAGAAAACACAUGUGUUGAUUUCACAGAAGUAAAUAAAAAACUGAUAGAACCUUGGGAAAAAACUGAUAUAUUUGAUCGAAGUAUUAGAAUAUUCAAAGCAACGAUAGGUCCAUCAGGAGGAAGAAGAGGAUAUCAAGGUAUUACUGGCCAGACAUCAACUGGUCUUGCUUGGUAUAUCAAUGGUCAACUUAUUCCUGAACUAUAUCUACGUCGAGACUUGACAUACAGUUUUCGUGUUUACGGUGGUAAUAAUCCACACAGCCCUAAUUAUUAUCAUCCAUUCAUCAUUACGGACGAACCUCAUGGCGGUUAUGACCGACUUAGUGAUGGUGCUCAAAGUCAAGUAAAAGUUUUAGCUGGAGUAGAAUUUACCAGAAGAGGAAGGCCUCGACCUACUGCUGUUGGACCACUUUGUUUGGGUAACCAUACAGAUAGAGAUCGAAGAUUAGACGACGAUUUUUUGACUUUCAAAAAGUUCAAUCGAACUCUUUCACAUACUUGUGAACCAGGUGAGGGGGGUAUUCUAGAAGUUACUCCAAAUUCUAGUUGGCCUGACAUUGUUUACUACAACUCAUUUACGCAUGCCAAUAUGGGAUGGAAAAUUCAUGUUGUUGACGUCUACAAUAGAGUUAAUGUAAAUAAAGCUACAAUUUCACUUAAUUCUAAUUGGCUUACCAGUAUAUUAAUUAUACUGUGGUAUCUUUUAUAGACUGCAUAAAUUUUAUCUAUUUAAAAUGCUCAAUUUCAUAAAAAGUAUUUAUUGAGUAAUUAUUAUAUAUUAUGAAAAUUAAUACUGAUAGUACUGGUGUUUAUACAUAAAGGUACUCAGAACUGACGCCGUCCGUAAGUAAAUGUACUUACAAAUAUACACUCUCUAUUAAACAGAGAUAUUUGAGGUAUGACAAUUACUUGAUCAUAAGUAAUUUUUCACAUGAAUUAUAUAGGUGUAUCAAAUUUAUUUUAUCAAU